AUGGUCAGUGAAAUUACUUUGGGGAGUAUGAGUAUUGAGACCUUAAAAACCUCUGAAACAGUAACUUUAAUCGAAAAAUUCCUUACAGGAGAUAUAAAUUCAGCUCUUGCAAAGAUUGAAGCUACUCAAAUAAGUGAAUUUUUAAAUAGUCUGACUACAGUAAAGGCGUCUGUGUCGGCAGAUAUUAAGAGCAAAGAAUCUAAAACUGCAACAAUGAGUUCCUUUAACAUCGCAGAAGAAACAAGUAAUACCUUGAACACCUUAAAAAGUAGCAUCAACAGGAUGUCUAGUAAGAAGGGAAGUAGCGACAUAGCUGAUCUCUUUGCGGAACUAGAGGCCUCAUUAAAGAAAGUGACAAAUGUAUUCUUAGUAUCAAACGAACUUCUUUCUGAAAUUAGAACCAUCACUUUCCAAUUAAGUGCUGCCAGCACAUCUGAAGGAGAUACUGAUAUUGGGGAUGUGACUGAUUUAUUGACUACUAUUGAUUCAGUCCAAAGUAUAGUUCAGACUGCAGCAUCGUCUCAGUCAGCUUUCUUGACAGCCAUGGAGACAAGAGAUGGUAAUGGAGGAGACAUUGGUGGUACGGAUGGAGACACAGGUGGCACUGGUGGAGACACUGGUGGUGCGGGUGGAGACACAGGUGGCACUGGUGGAGACACAGGUGGCACUGGUGGAGACACUGGUGGUGCUGGUGGAGACACUGGUGGUGCUGGUGGAGACACUGGUGGUGCUGGUGGAGACACAGAUGAUGAAAUUGGGUCAUCAUUUGGGUUGCCAUUGUUCUCAGAUGUAAUUAUCCCAGAGAGUACUUUGAGAAUAACACAACAAGCCUUUAUAAGCUCACAGUUAAAACAGCUCAUGGGAGAUGUAAUGACAGAGCUUGAAGCCCUAAAGAAUGGUGGUGGUUCUGGGAGUUCAGGGUGGGAUGAGAAAUGA